AUGAGGUUGAGGUCAGCGAUCGCUACCCUCCUGACGACUGCGUUCAGCUUCUCGUCAGUCGCACAUGCAUGGGAUUGGCUUCCGGCAUCCGACAACAACCGCACACUCGUCACCGACUUUGCCAUCAAGGCGACCCCACCUGCACCGGAUAGCGAUCUCCAAUUCACCAGGUCGCAGCUGCAAGUCCUGCAGAACACCGACUUCUAUCUGUACAACUACAUCUCGACUGGCUACAAUGCGACAAAGGCGCAACGAGCCGUCAUCAUGCUCCACGGUCUCGGUCGCGAUGCCUGGGCUUACUUCGACCUUACGCGCGAGUCGCUUCUGAAUGCCACUUCGCGCAGAGUCCGUGGUAGCCACGACCCGCGAUUGCGAUUCGACGAGGUGGUUAUCAUGGCACCGGUGUUUCUCAAUCAGGAGGAUGCGGGGUGCUAUCCUGUCGAUGAACAGGGAAGGGCUACUUCGAACGCUCUUGUUUGGGAUACGAGUAGCUGGGCACAAGGGGCGGAUUCGGUGUUUCCCGAUACGAUCAGCGACGCAAGCGGCAGCAGCUUCCAGCCUCCUGGAGUGUCGUCGUUCGAGGCACUCGACGCUGCCGUCGCCUGGUUCUCGAACAAGACUAUCUUCCCGAAUAUGAACACCAUCAUUGUCGCUGGUCACAGUCUCGGAGCCCAGAUGGUUCAGCGAUAUGCACUCAUCGGAGCGGUACCGUCAGCGACGGUCCCUGUGCACUUUGUGGUCGCCAAUCCGGGCUCGUACGCUUACCUGUCCGACUGGCGUCCGCGGUCGUACGACAAGUGUCCCGACACAUUCAACAACUGGAAGUUCGGCCUGAACGCCUAUUCGCAAUCCUACCUUUCCGACUUUAUCGCCGACUCGCUCGAUACGACCAACGAGGUGGAGAGCGUGGUACAGCGGUACCGUCGACGUAUCGUCUCGUACCUUUUCGGUCUGGCGGAUCACGGUAAGGGUGAUACGGGAUGUGAGGCGCUAGCUCAGGGUACGACUCACCUUGGUCGUGGGAGGAACUUUGUCCGUCACCUCAGCGGGUUGGAAGGUGGAUUUCCGGCGGCGCAUUCGGUCAAUUAUAUUGCCAAUGUAUCUCACGACGGGCUGGGUAUGUUUCAGAGCAAAGCGGGGCUGGAACGGCUGUUCUUCAUUAAUCUGAACGGGACAGAGUCGCCGACGGCGGUGGGCGAUGAUGAUCAGAGUGCGAGGAAGUGGUCUGCUGCGAAGGGGAGGAGUUGGAGCGCGGCGGAGCGGGUGACGGGCAAGGCGAGAGGUGGAGUGAUCCUUUUGGUCGUGGUGCUUGUGCGACCUGAACAACAUCUGUCUGCUUCAUUUGAACGCCAUCCGUGGUUCGUCGGCGACGGUCACAACCGACAUAGCAAGGAUGACACUCUAGUACCCUAUACAAGCCAUGCAUCAACGGCCAUCUCCGCUCGGAAAUACACCAUGUCCAAUGCUCAAUUUCGACCGCCCGCUCCACCCACCUCCUCUGCGGGGAUCCGAUACCAAGACACGAUAGGUUCGCUCUCGCGUUCGGAAAAGACGAUCCAGCGAAUCCUCUCGCAGUCGACGCGCAUCCAUGUUCUGCGCGACAAGCUGGAAGCGGAACGAGUGCAAGAGCUGGAAUUGCUGGCGCAGCAGUUGGGUGCACAGGUGACGACGACGGUGGGGGCAGCGAAUGUGAUUGUGACGAGUUUGAGGGCGCCGAAGCGGAUUUUGAAGUGGGUGGAGGAUGGGGAGGUGAAUGUCGUGCCAAGAGGGAGGGACGGAGAGAUAAGGAAGGAGGGGGCGGAGGGAAGGCUGGGGGAUGGGGUGGGGAGGGAUUGGAGACGGUUUGUGGUGAGUUUAGAUUGGUUGGACGCGGUGAGGAUGGCGGGGACGUUGGUGGAUCCUGAUCUGUUUGCUGCUGUUCCGCUCAAGGAAGAAAGAGAACAGGCGGAGACGUCGAUGACAGAUAUGGAGGCGGAGAGAAAGAGGAAACGCUCUCCCAGCGACUCACCCCUGCUACCAACGACCCACGAUGCUGCUCCUCCUCGAAUUCGACAUCGCAAACUCUCCCCGUCCCCUUCCUCUUCCUCCUCGAUGCUCCCCAACCGCCCUACACCAUCAUCUCACUACGACCCGGUCUAUCCACCGCCCGACUGCCCGCGCUGGCAAAAUACUCGCUACGCGUGUCGUCGACCCUCGCCCCUCGUCUCUCGCAACCAACCGCUCAUCUCGGAACUCGAAACCAUCCGAAACGAACGUCGACUCACCGGUGACACCUAUUCUGAAAUGGCCUACAUGCGAGCCGUCUCCGCUCUCAAAGCGUUUCCCUUUCCCAUUCCGGAUCCGGUACUCGAUCCACCGGAAGUGUUCGACUCGGAUCUGCUCGAACUACGACUGAGUGAGGUGGAGAAGCUUAAAGGAGUAGGGAAAAAGGUGUUUUCCCUGAUCAAACAGUUCUACGCCUCAACAUCGACCAAGAAGGGUGAAGCAAGGAUCGUAGAAGCCAAAGUGAUACACAGAGAUCGAGCCGUGUACAUCAUGAAUGCCUUCACCGAGCUCUACGGUAUCGGUCCUAUCGGUGCUCGCGAGGCGUACAACUCGGGCGCUCGAUCCUUCUCCGACGUCCUCCACCGAGGCAAAUCUCUAGCCACCCACCUGAGUGCCAAGGAAUCCGUUCGGAUCCUCGACGACCUCCGCCAACCCAUCGGUCGGGAAGAAUGUCGUUCCAUCACGGAGGAGAUCAUGCGGCUGGUCAAGGCGGUGCUGGCAGACGACGUCGAGGUCAAGUACGAGAUCUGCGGCGGAUACCGGAGAGGUAAGGAAAGGACUUUCGAUCUCGACGUGAUCAUAGGCCAUGGAGAAUCUCCGAGUAGAGCAUUGCACAUGAGGCUGUUGGAAGAGAUGAAGCGCAAAGGACUGAUCACCCACAUGGUCAACGUCUCUACACCUGCUCCGUCCUUUCUAGAUGAUACAACGACAAAGUCAGAGGCGGUUCAUAUCGAUAUCGCCAACAUCGUCGUACUUCCUAGUCCUGCUUCCACGACCCAUCGUCCACCGGUGCAUAGAAGGGUAGAUCUGGUCUUCUGCCCACUACGGGUAUAUGGAGCAACGGUGGUCGGGUGGUCGGGAAGCUUGACUUUCGAGCGCGAUCUGAGGCUGUGGGCGAAAAGCAAAGGGUACAACUUCAGCUUCGACGGAUUGACCAAUCUGGCAGAGGAGAGUUUGGUCGAGACGAGGGAUGAGAAGGAUGUCUUUGAUGUGUUGGGUUUGGAGUGGAUGCCUCCCGAGUGGCGCAAUUGCGACGCUUGA